AUGUCCGGCGCCGUCGUAAUUCUUUCCUCGUCCCCUCCACGAACAUUUGCCCGUUCUCCCACUCCCGCUGACACUCUGUCUCCGUUGCGGUCACUAUGCGCCUUGUCGAAUACGAAAGCCGCUGACCCCGGACAAUUUGAAGACUGCAGACGGAUUAGAGAUGGGUUCACCAGCGGCUUCGGCAGCGCACGUGCCUUGCUCGCCACAAAGGUCGGCGCAGAAAAUAUCCCUUUACUGUCUCCUCGAAAAGAUGGAUCCAGAACGAAAUCCUUAAAGCGAUCCGAAGAGCUUGGGAAGAAGAAGGAAGAAACCCUAGCGGAGGAGCGAUCUAAACACUUCGAGUCGCCUCCCCCAAUGGCAAAUCCACAGCACAGGGACUCUCAUAACAAAUCGCAGGAACUGGAAACUUCAGGGACAGAGUUGAAGCACACGGGAGAUGAACAGGGUAUCAGCAAUAGCAGGUAUUCAAGCCCCAUCUCAUUAGAGAAAGCCAUACCGAGACGAUUGGAUUGGACACCUGUCAAGCAGAGCACACACGCCUUAGAGAGUCCGCAUUCUGAAGAUCGAGCCGUUGGAUUCACAAAUGAUCUUAUGGACUUUUAUGCCUUUAACCCCUCUGCUACGACGGGCAUUGAGACAACUGCGACAUCUGACACAAACGAAACGCGGCUGAGUAGAAGAAGGAUUGACCUUGUCAUGACGACCGAGGCAAGACCUUCACCCUCCUCGUGCAAAGCGCAACCUUGCAAAAUACUUGGGAAAGGUGGAAAGAACGUAAAGGCAAAGUCUGCAACAAAGAAGCCUCUCACGAUCACGGGAUUGGCAACUUCGAAUUACGGUGAUAGCCGACUGAAAGAAACAAAGAUACCGCCUAUCCUGGAAUAUCUUACAGCAACACAAGUGGGUGCAGGCACCGAAGCAGACUUGGCCGUUGAUGGGAGUUCAAAGGUCACGAAAUCAAAGACUUCAGGCAAGAAAGCACGGCCAGCCAAGAAAGCUCCGGCCAAGAGUCGAUUGAAAUCUCCUACGUCUGCCAUGAAAACCACUCUAGAGCAACCUUUUCUUUUUGGUCCAGCAAGUCAAUUAGCUCGCGAUGAAUCCCCUUCGUUGACGCGGGAUACCCUGGAAGCUCUGAGACGCUCGGAGUGCUUUUCUUCUGAUCCUAUUUCACCACAAUUGACCCAGCCAGUUUCGAUCGAGUCUGUGUCACCCAAAUUCUGUCGUGGCACGAGUCGGUUCGUCAAAAGAAGGAAUUUGUGGAGUGCGGCUGGCCGAGACGAAGAUAAUGCAUUGCUGCAGGUCGACACGGUUGACCUUACUGAUUCACCUGCUGUACGUCUGGCUCUUACGGGAAAAGAUGUCCUUGUGCAGCCUAUUGGUCGGAAUGGACAAGACAUAAUCGCUUUGGACAAUGGUCCAUCAAGGCCUCUUCAAGUGCCACUUUCCAGAGCACAAGAAGCCCAAUCGCUGGUCGAUAUCGAUGACAUUGCCAAACCUCGACUUCCAAAAUCUAUCAAUACACCUACACAGGCACGAGCCAGGCUAUAUCAUACGUCUCGCACGCUUAAACAGCCGCAGCAAGGAGCAGAUGUCCACCGCCAGGACGACGAUCUGCAGACGGGAGCAAAGAGCGUGGCGGCAGAUGCAAAGCCAACUAUGCCGUCCUAUGUUGGCUUUUCCGACCACGAGCUUAAGAAACAGAUAUCUGCAUACGGCUUUAAGGCCGUUAAGAAGCGGGAGGCGAUGAUCGAGCUUCUCGAGCGAUGUUGGGAAAGCAAACACGGUAUACAACAAAGGCAUGACGAUGAAAAUGCCUCGAAUGAUGUAAUGACACACGCCGACUUACUGAGCAAAAUUCAUGAUGUCUCUACGAGACCAGCUCCGAAACUCAAGAAAUCUCGUGCCAAACGAAAAUCCGAAACCGGAGACACGAACGCUGCCAAGGAGCCGAAGAAGAGGAAAAAGGCAGCGACCAAAUCGAAUGACUCUGCACAACAAGGAGGGAAGGGCUCGCGGAAACGAGUGUCCAAGGUGCUCUCAGACGCGAAAAUUGUGGAUGUUGAUGAUCUGGAUUAUUCUGCUAAUCCAAAUAUUGAAGAGGGCCACAGCUUGGACACUCCAACGGUUGUAAACAACGAGAAACCUCUAAAGCACCGGUCUGGACAUGCAGCUCAGAGACUCGUUACACCUCCAUCAACAGUACCGCAAUCGAGAUGCACACCCUCGCAAGCACACGAAUCUUCCCGUGCCCAGAGCGCGAGCCUGACAUCGAGACUGGACGGUCCUGUAGGUGGAGGUCCAGGCCUUACGCCUGAGCAGACUCCCAUGCCGGACAUCCUAUCGCAGAUUCGUGCUGCCAUCUAUCGCCUUCCAGACACACAGUCUGUGGAUGGGAUACCCCGAAACCAUCAAGUGUCCCCAACCUGGCACGAAAAAAUUCUCAUGUACGAUCCGAUCGUACUGGAGGAGCUGACGGUAUGGUUGAAUACGGAGGGCUUCAAGGCGAUAGGUGAAGAUCGUGAAGUAAGCCCGACGGAGGUCAGAAUGUGGUGCGAACAGAACGGCGUGUGCUGCUAUGGAGUAGGAGGAGGGUGGAGAGGCCGGGGUCGCCGACACGAGGUUGAAUGA